GCUCAGGGACCUGAGAGUGUCAGGAAGUGAAACUCUACUGCUCACAUUGGCUUGAUAAAUAACAUACAGAUGCUUCGUUUAGUGUCUUCUUAACACAGCGCUGUGUGACGUUGGACUGUUCAUCUAGCUGCAACGUCUACAGUUUCCUCCAUAAUGGCAGAUGUAUCCAAUCCAGUCACUUCGGAGGACACUCAGGAUGCCCCCAACCCUAAUGUGUCCUCACCUCCACCAUACUCUGAUAUAAACGAACAACCUCCACCCUACUCUGCAGCCCCAGCUACCUACCCUCUACCCAAACCUGAGACAACUGGCACCUAUCAGCCCGUCACAGGAUAUGAGUCUUUCUGUGAUAUAAACCCAGAAGGCCCUUCGGACACCACCCCACUCAUAAGAUCAGGUUCUUUUGAUGACGCCACAGUGAGAAGGGGGUUUGUUAGAAAGGUUUUCAGCAUCCUGACUCUCCAGCUCCUCUUCACGUUCAGUGUGGUGUGCCUGUUUACCUUCUCCAGUGUGAUCAAAGAGGCGGUGCAGACCCACCUGUGGGCCUAUCUCAGCUCCUUCAUCAUUUUCGCUGUAGUCGCCAUCGCCCUCACCUGCUGCCAGUCCUUCAGCCGCCGUCACCCCUGGAACAUUGUGGGACUGGUCAUAGUUACCUUGAGCCUUUCAUACAUGGUGGGAACCAUUGCCUCCUUCCACAACACCAACGCUGUGGUUAUUACAAUGGCUUCAACACUGGUCAUUUCUUUCGCAAUCAUCCUUUUCUCAAUCCAGACUCGUUUUGAUUUCACUAUUUGUUACGGUGUUGCACUGAUUCUGGUUGUGGACCUGCUGAUGUUCGGGUUUUUCUGCACCUUCUACUACUCUUACAUGGCUGAUGUCGCCUAUGGAUGUCUGGGAGCUCUGCUGUACUCACUGUUCCUGAUGAUUGACUGUCAGCUGCUGAUGGGGACAUUCAGCUACCGUCUGAAUCCAGAGGAAUAUGUCAAUGCUGCUCUCAUGAUCUACCUGGACAUUAUCCUCAUUUUCCUCUACUUACUGGGGCGGAGAUGACACUGUUAACAAAACAAGACAUAAACACACACUCCACACUUUAGCCGCAAUGACAAUGUUCUUUAUUAUUAUUCUUAUGUACUGUAUCUAGUGUAACUGUAUCCUGUUUGUGACAAACAAUGAAUGAAUGAUGGUCAGUAUUUUUACAGAACAUUGUGUCUGUUUUACAUAUAAAAAUAAAAACUGCUGUAAAAAUUGUACAUUUA